GACAUGUCUAUGACGUGCGACGUGCGUUGUGUCACGCAUCAUGUCGCUUUUGUUUUGCGUUGCGCAGUUAAGGGAUAAACGGCACAAAGAUUGAGACCUUCGUGGCGGCUUUACCACCGGCCCUCAAGGCGUAUCUGACGCACGGGCUCGUCCGCUGGGCUGUCCCGGUCCAGGAGAGCGGAGAGAUGUCAAUACGGACGGUGGUCCAUCGUCUCGUGCAAAAUGGUCGCGUCAUAUUGCGCUCAUUACGGAAUAACGAGCGCUUCUACUCAAGAGGAUACGAGCAUUUUGACAAGAUACACGUCGCGCAGAUAGGCAAGUCCCAGAACGGCGGGCUUCCUUGCCAGAAUAGUGGCAAUGUAUGGAGCACGGGGAGACAUCUCGGUUAUCUAGGAGCGCAUGCCCGACGCAUCUUCGUCGACAAUAUCCUAAAGAGGGUCACCAACAGUCUCGCAGCGGAUUUACGAAGGCGUGCGGCAAGCAGGCUUGUCUUUGGCGAUUCCGCGCCGUUCUUUGCUCUUGUUGGAGUCUCGUUAGCGUCAGGUACUGGGAUAUUGACCAAGGAUGACGAGCUGGAAGGGGUGUGCUGGGAAAUUCGGGAAGCGGUUUCAAAAUUGCGAUGGAAUGCGCCGCAGAAUGACAAAAAUUAUGAGACUAUGCCCAUCAACGAGAAUGUGAGUUUACGAGAUUUCGCAAUCGGACCUAUCAUUGCUAAGGGUUGCUCUGCUGCUGUAUACGCGGCACGAUUCGUCGAUGCUACACAGGACGAAAAUAACGAUCUGGCAAAUGUCGAUGGAAAAACGAAAGAAGAAGUGACUGCGUUUCCGUUAGCUAUAAAAAUGAUGUUCAAUUAUGAUGCGGAAUCUAACGCUUCUGCUAUUCUGAGAGCCAUGUAUAGAGAAAUGGUACCUGCUAGAAGACAUUACGGAAACGAUGAAUUGGCUAUCUGGGAGCAGAGACUGGCAGAAAAUACAGUAAUGUUACCAUCUCAUUCAAACAUUGUGGCAAUGUAUUACGUCUUUGCUGAUAGAAUACCGAUAUUACCCGAUUCUUGGGGAAUGUAUCCAGAUGCUUUACCAACUAGAAUCAAUCCUAGUGGAUCGGGAAGGAAUAUGAGUUUAUUUUUAGUGAUGAAAAGAUAUGAUAUUACGUUGAAGCAAUAUUUGGUGAAUCAAAAUGUCAAUAUGCGAGUAUCGAUACUAUUGCUUGCACAGUUGCUGGAAGCGGUAGCUCAUAUGAAUGCAAACGGCGUUGCGCAUCGAGAUCUGAAAAGUGACAACAUCCUACUCGACCUGUCGGAAGAAUCUGACAAUUGUCCAUCUUUGGUCGUAACGGAUUUUGGCUGUUGUUUGGCCGAUAAGAAUCACGGAUUGUAUCUACCUUUUAACACUCACGACAUCAAUAAAGGCGGCAAUGUUGCAUUAAUGGCUCCGGAGGUGAUAACAGCGGAACCUGGUCCCUUUACCAGUAUAAAUUACACCAAGGCUGAUCUGUGGACGGCGGGUACUAUUGCAUAUGAGAUAUUCGGGAUGAAGAAUCCGUUUUAUGGCGAGAAAGGCGAGAAAGCCGCUUUGAAGAAUUAUAAUUAUACGGAGGACGCACUUCCUGCUUUACCGGACAAUCUGCCGUCGAUUAUCAACGCCGUUAUAAAGAACUCAUUAGUAAAAAGUGUAUACAAGCGACUCGACACUGAACUAGCGGCAACAAUACUACAAUUAUACCUGUGGGCACCUAGCUCGUGGAUAAAAAAGGAAGGAUAUUUGCCGUCAAGCAACGAGAUUAUGCAAUGGCUUUUGUGCUUGACCACAAAAGUUCUUUGUGAAGGACGGAAUGCAAAUUUGACCCCAUCGCACGGAUCGUUCUUCGUCGAUAUCGAUAGACAUCAAGCAUACAAACGAAUGCUUUCCACGCGUUCUUUCGGAAGGCGUACAAUGCCGGAAUAUCAAUUGAUCGCAAGCUUCCUUAGCAGGGUAACGCUCGCUAAUGUUAGAAGUGCGUUAAAAUGGAUGCAACGAAACAUAUAACUGAGGAUAGUAAUAGUAUUACAUCGAAGAAAAAAAAAUAAUACCAUCAAAGCUUCGGAAAGUUGUUUACUGUCCUCGGAGCAGUAGUUUAAAAUAACAUCGCGUAACUCAAAUUCGGCCCCUUUUCUGAAGUUUUUUUUUUAUUGUUUCUCUCUUAAAAGAUUAUUGCUAUUGUUAUUUACAUAUUUAAUUUCCGGUAUUUUAUUUUUGAUACUUGAAGAAACACAAAAGGGCGGAGAAGCAAUUUCGAAACGUAAAAAUGUAACGUAAAUAACUAGUUUUGCUCUGAAAUUGACGAUUUUCAGAAAGCACUUUUGUCUGAGCCCUUUUGUGAUUCCAAUGCCUUGAUUUGGAGAAUAAUUAUAAAUUGUUUUUAUUUGUAUGAAUUUAAUUUGUGUAUCGUUUUACAUUUAUUUGGCGAGCUCUAUAAUUAUUGAGACAUAUGCAAGAAAAUGGACAUUAUAAUCACAAGUGUAUGUGUCAAAUGUAUAUUUCGAAUCAUGAAACUGUUUGAUUAGGCUGAAAAUUUAAGUCGACUAUGUUAGAAAAAAAUAUUGCGCAUGAUAUAUAAUAUCAAUUUUGAAAAUUCAAAAAUAUAUUUUUUAUUUAUCUUUUCUCUAUUUAUUCUUGCGUUCUCUAUCGAAUGCGCUAUUAAGAGAACUCGCGAUCGUACUUAGAGUAUCUCAAGGAAUGAGAAGGUAGAAUCGAUGAAAUAUCAAUUUCUAAAUGUGUAUAAAAAAUUAAAAAUGAGUACAUAUUGUUAACGAACUUACAUGUACAUAUUCAAGUGCAAAAUAAAGUUUGUAAAUAGAGUCAAUGUGA